UCAUCAGGUAUCUGAUCGACUCUGUUGUCAACUGAAGGACUUACGACCAGAACACUAUGGGUGUUAUUAAAGUAUUUCUCUGCACUGCACUUGCUGUUAUACUUUCAGGUGUAGGAAAAUCGGCUUUCAUUGGGAAGCACCACAGCACGGGAAAGGACAAUCUGCUGCUACAGUAUGUUGUUAACAACUCUCUGAGGGAGCACCCAGUCCUCACCAAACUCAAAAUGAAAACUCUUGAGGACCAGUGGAGUGUCAUGAUGGUUGCCGCUGAAGAAGCUCAGUUUAUGGCCGUCCUCAUUAAACUAAUCAAUGCAACCAAAGCUAUCGAAAUCGGAAUGUACACUGGCUAUAAUGCACUCAGCAUGGCUUUGGCAAUGCCAGACAAUGGACGUGUGGUCGCUUGUGAAAUAGAACAGGCAUAUGUGGACAUUGCCAAACCGUUUUUUAAAGAGGCUGGAGUUGAAAAUAAAAUUGAUAUUCGUCUUCAAUCAGCAUUAACAACACUGGAUCAUCUGAUACAGGCAGGAGAAGCUGGAACAUAUGACUUUGUGUUCAUCGAUGCUGAUAAAUUAAACUAUGACAACUACUACGAGAAGUCCCUUCAGCUCAUAAGAGAAGGGGGUAUCAUUGCGAUCGAUAAUGUGCUGUGGAGCGGAAAGGUCGUGAAUCCGGCUCCCGAUGACGAGAUCUCCAGGAGUUUGGAUGCACUAAAUAAGAAGUUGCACAAAGACCAGAGGAUUGAUCUGAGCAUGCUCACUAUAGCUGAUGGGCUGACCAUUGCCAUUAAACGCUAGAAAUCACAUUACUACAUCAGUUUUAACAAUUAGAACCAUGUUAAUUUAGGAGAAAUGCUUUUUUACCACACAAAUGAAAAACAUACCAAUAGAAUGGCAUGAACGUUGACCCUUGGUGGUACAAUGUGCACUUGAAUGAGUGUUCCUUGGUUGGUAAUUAGUGUGUAACCCAGUGUUAUAGUCAAGGUCAAAGUUCAACCAUCGUGGCCCAGACCAAGUCUUAGACUGUCAAGGUCCAUACCAAGGCUUUGAUCACCAACACCCAGGACAACGGCUGCUACCCCAA